AUGUAGGUCUAAAAGCUAUAAAAUGCUUAGAAUUAAAUCUAGAGAGAAAUUUAGUACUUUAUAUUCUAGGAUUUGGAAAAUGCUUUGUGCUAAUUAGGUCAACUAGAAGAAACAAUCGAAAAAUUAGAAAAGGUGAAAGAUCAUCCCUAUCUUCCUAUAGCUAUGAACAAAGCAAUUUUAUAAGCUAAUUUAUCCUUUGGGAUUUAUUUUGAUUAAUAUUCUUAACAUAAUAAUAAAGAAGGACAAUUUUUUAAAAGUUGUAAAUCUAAAGCCAAAUCCAUUUUUUAAGAAGCUUUAAACAAGAAGAUCAUUUAGAAUACCCAUCCUGAAGUUAAAACUAUCUGCAAUUUUUAUAUAAAUGAACUCUUUGGUGAUAAAGACAUAUAUGCAUUACAAUAGCUUCCACUAAAAUAAACUUAAAGCAAGGGUUAAUUCAAUUAAAAUGCAUUAGAGAAAGUGAUUUGGGGAACUCAAGCUGUAGAUAAAUAAUUAAGCCAAGUCUAAAAUAAUGAAUAUAAACCACCUGAUGCUCAAAAAAUUUUUUAAAAUGUUAAUAUAUAAAAAAAAUAAUGUGGAGAACAACUGAUAAAAAAUUUUCUAAAACCUUCUAAUAAUAGUUCAACUUCGAAGAACUAAGAUUAAAAACCAAACAAUUAAUCAAAUAAAAAGGAUAAACAACAGCCUACAAAUGUUAAAAAAGUUUGUGUUGGGAAAUAAACUAUGGAAGAAGAAUUUGAAAAAAAAGAUGAUUAAUUUAAUAUGUAAACCCAAAACUAGUAGAACUAAUUAAAAUAAAAUUAAUAAGCGAUGUAAUUAGAAAAAAAAAAAUAACCAAUUUCACAUGAAAAUUCAGCUCAUAAAACAAUACAAAACGGAAACCAAAUUAUUUAGACAAAAAACACAUAACAGAUAGAUAAAAGCACUAAAGGAACAUAAAAUAAUAAGAGUCAAGUUUAACAGCAAACUAAUAAAACUCAAGGAGUAAAUUAAUCAGGCUAGAUUAAGAAAAAAUGA